AUGGCUGGCACCUCUACUACUAGUACUAGUAGCAAUACCAUGGCUGACACCACAAGCAGUGCUUCAACAGAGCACAACAACGAUCAUGGCAAGCCUUUGAUGGCAACACAUGUAUUUCUGAAUCAAGAUGCAAAGAGUUUUUUUGAAUUUGCUCGGAGCAACGACUCAUCUGAGCGCGAGGACAGUUCGAGGGCUAGUUUGUACAUGGGAGAUGAAAUAGACAGCGACAGUGACGAUAGCAACGACAGCGAUGGCAGCGACCUUGCAACAGACGACAGCGCAUCGGAGUUCGACCUUGACGAAGCAGAUCUUCGAGCCAUUGUGAACGCAGUCGCAGUCGUCGAAGGGACGGAGCCAGAUGAUGACUCCGAUCAUAUUGUUUCCUCUGAUGUUGUCCAGCAUGAUAAUCACAAGUUGGAUGAACCCACGAGUGACGAAAUUGUGCGCAGCAGCGACAGUGUCAAAAGGGAGCGGCCCAAGCGUGACGAGCUGUCGACAUGCAGUGAGCAUGCGAAGCAUGAGAGAAGCGUACCCAAGUGUUUUGCAAGGCGAAUUGAUUCGUUGUCUGGCAGUGAACACGGAACUAAAGCCACGAAGGGUAUAGCGGCCGAGAAGCAGCCUGCGAAGUCGCAUAUGCUUCCUCCCCGUAACGCUAGCGACGGGAGAUUGAGGAAGAUGCGAAAGCCGUUCGAUGCCGCGCAACGCACAAGAUCCGUUUCCUGCAAACGAAGUGGUGAUUCUGCUUCUCGCCGGAUGCGUCAGUCUACCAGUCCCAGACCUACGAGGCCGUCUCGGGGCCACGGUGAGACGAAGGGGUCCUACAAGUCAAGGUCAAAGUCGAGAGAACAUGGAUCUCCUCGCACAGAGCAGACAAAGACAAGGGCUUCUGGAGGCAGUCGCCGACGUCGAACCGUGAGAACUGACCAGACUUAUGAAGGCAAGGCAUCACCACGUCCGCGUUCAUCGUCGUUGAAUAAAGUGCCUCGCCUUGCGACAUCCAGUCGACCCAGUGAAGGACGCGAGAGUGCCAAUCGACGACGUCGUGCUGAUCGAACUAACGAGAGUCCUAAAGGCAGGGGAUCACGCCCGCGGUCGUCGUCGAUGACAAAGUUCCCUGGCCCUGAGACAUCCAAUCGGCGAAAACCUAGUGUUUCACCCGUGCGCGGCGGAACCAGCCCCAUGCCCAGAACGCGCGCUCGCGGUGGGACAAGAAAGAGCUUCAACAGCCGCAUGGCAGGUCAACUGGCUUCGAGACUUGAUGACAUGGCACAGCUCGAUGGUACCGAAGAAGAAGAAGAAGAGGAGGAGGAAGUCGACAUUCCAGACAUUUCGUGCGAUAUGGCACAAGAACAGGAGAAGCCCCUUGAAACAGAAGAAGUUAUGUUCGAAAAGAGCAUGGCCGUCUUGACAUCAGGCUUUCUCGCCACCACAAAGAUUGUCUCAAAAUCAACGGGAAAGAUUGGCAAAGAAGUUGUAAAAGGAACCAAUGGUAUCGUGAAUGCCACUGGAAUGGUUGUCUCGAAAUCAACAGGAAUCGGCAAAGACGUUAUGAUGGGAACUGUGCAUGCCACUGGAAUGGUUGUCUCGAAAUCAACAGGAAUCGGCAAAGACGUUAUGAUGGGAACUGUGCAUGCCACUGGAAUGGUUGUCUCCAAGUCAACAGGUAUCGGCAAAGACGUUAUGAUGGGAACUGUGCAUGCCACUGGAAAGGUUGUCUCCAAGUCAACAGGAAUCGGCAAAGACGUUAUGAUGGGAACUGUGCAUGCCACUGGAAAGGUUGUCUCCAAGUCAACAGGAAUCGGCAAAGACGUUAUGAAGGGAACUGUGAAUGUCACUGGCAACAUCGUAAAAAAGACAGGAAAGGUUGUUGUGAAAGGCACAGGAAAGGCAGUUUCGGAGACGGGCAAGAUCGUUGGAGAUGUAAGCAAGCUCCUCUCUGGCGAAUCGGAGGGGGCAGAAAGCACCGAGGACGACCAGAGCAGAUCGACCAUGCAUUUACUGUCAACUGCUGCAGCCUAA